AUGAACUCUAGACCUGCACCUCCGCAACCACGACCACCACAACAACAACCUCAGCAACCUCAGCAACCUCAACCCAACCAACAGAGGCUUCCCUUUCGACCAGACGAGUCACGAGCUCGUCGUUUGAAUCAACCACUUGAACAGCAUGCAAAUCCAAUCAAUCCGUCUAAUUUUGCUGCAAGAGAGUACACAGAACAAGAACAUAAGGACAUACAAACGAAAUUAAAUAAAUCGUUGGGUCCUGAAUUUAUUAGUUAUCGUGAUGGUCCAGGUGGAACUCGUGUUCAAUACAUUGAAGGUUGGAAAAUACUCAAUUUGGCUAAUGAAAUAUUUGGGUUUAAUGGAUGGAACUCACAAAUUGUGUCAUGUCAAGUUGAUUUUUUAGAUACUCAUGGUGGUAGCGGUAAAUUUUCAGUAGGGAUUUCUAUGGUUGUUCGUAUCACAAUUAGAGAUGGAACUUUUCAUGAAGAUGUUGGCUAUGGAUCUAUUGAGAAUUGUAGAAGCAAAAUUUUAGCACUUGAAAGAUGUAAAAAGGAAGCACUCACAGAUGGAUUAAAACGAUGUCUUAGAUGUUUUGGUAAUGUUUUGGGUAAUUGUUUAUACGACAAGACCAUUGUUGCUCAAAUGAAGAAAUUAAAGAAAUUUCCGAUCGAGUUUGAUCCAAAUGAUUAUUAUCGUGAUCCAUUAUUGGUUGAAAGAGAAAGAAAGAAGAAUAUAAUUGAAAAACAACAUGAAGAACAAAAGAGACAACAAGAAGACGCGUCAAGGUUGGAUAAUUCAGGUCAACAGGUGCAGCACCAGCAACAAAAUAACUCAAACGUAGUUUCAAACGGAUCAAUUCCAGUAAAUGGGCAACAAAAUCAUCAAAACAAAGGAUCUGAUAUUGUCGAACCUCUAGAAGCAAAUCAAGGUAAUACUCGUGCAGGACAAGUUCCACAGCUUUCCCACCAUGCAGCAGCUUUUGUUACACCAAAACUGCCAACCAAAGUGGUCAGCUAUGUUCCAACAAGUAAAGAAGCUGAAGAGUUGGAUGAUUCAUUUAUGUUCAGUGAUGAUAUUUUUGAUGGGGAAUCGCAGAGUAUUUACUAUCCUCCAGAAGUUCGGGAACAUGAACAAAAUCAACAACAACAAAAAGAAGAAAACCAGGGAGUAGCUAGAAAUGGUGCAACCAAAGAAACGACAAACAAUGGACGAUCUGAAAAUCGACCUCAAAACGAGUCUAUGGCAGUUGAUCAAAAUCCACCGGUGCUCAUGAAUGCUUUUGUGACUGCAAAAUCAGCUGAGGUAUUACAACAAUCGCCAACAGUUGAAGCAGCUGCCAAAAACAUUGUCCAAUUUGAUCCUAAAUUUGUAUCUCCCAAUAUGAGAAGAACUGUUGAUCCUACCAAAUCAGUACCAAUUAAACGAAGUGAUAUUAAAAAUAGUGUCGCUACGACACCGUCACCAUUGGGUGUAAACACAUCUAGUAAUCGAAUUAAUAAACCCAUGAUAACAUCAAACAAUAAUAAUAAUAUCAACAAUAUGGGUAAGAGGAUUGGAAUGCCACCUCAACCAAGAACAAACAAACUAGUUAAUUCGGGAAAUAAUCCUUCUUCGGGUAUACCGCACACUGUUUCUACUUCUGUUAAUGGUGCAAGUGGUAAUGAGAAUGUUGAAAAUAAUUCUACAAUAGCUAAUACGACUGUUAACCAAUAA